GGGUUCAAUUCCUGGUUAGAUUUUUUCAUUCUACCUCCCUCAGUCACAAAUUACAAUGCAAAAUGUGGAAUCACGAAAACCCUCUGUUUAGUAUCACCAUAUCUUGAGCUAGUGGUGAGCAUCUCUCUCCAUUGUUUAUGUGGUUCCUAGAUCGUCGAACAAAUUGUUCUAUCAAAUUGAAUUGCCUUGAGCAUCCGGUAUGCCAUUCGUUUAGGUCACCAAUGGCUGUGUAUGGAUCCUGCAACGCAAGAAUAUCUCGAUUACAGGGGUACAGUGACUUCUAUUUACAUCAAGUUCUCCCCCGCUCUUCACAUAUCAGUAGGUUUAAGUCUUCAAGCAGGGGUAUUUUAAGUAGAGUCUUGGUGGGUACUACGAGUAAUGGGAAGGGCAUUUGCAAGAGAAGCAAUAAUUUAAUGUGCCUUUCAUAUCGUUGGGAUAAGGAGGAAGUAGCUGCAGAUAGUGAGGGGAGUAAUUUUGAAGUGGGUGUAUUUCUAUUCAAUGGCAGAGAAUAUUACAGAUGUCAUGACGUUUUCGAGAGACUGUGGAACCACGCUGAAGAACCCCAGCGCACUCUGCUUCAUGCUAUCCUGCAGUGUUGUGUUGGAUUCUACCAUCUCUUUAAUCAGAAUCAUCAUGGAGCAAUGGUUGAGCUAGGAGAAGGUCUUAAUAAGCUACAUAAGCUAAAAUUUAGAAGUGGGCCAUUUCAUCAGUUUGAGCAGGACAUUUCAACUGUCCUUGAAUUCAUUUAUGGCACACAAAUGGAACAUGCAGCAUGCACUGAUGAUUAUUGUUUGACAAUGGAUGGCUCUGCACGGUCCUAUCAGCUUCUCGGUAACUUUGGUGCAGGACAACCAUUAUAUGCCUUACAGAGGGAUUCAAAUGGGGAUUGUUAUCUUUAUUUCAGUCCCAAAGGGCUUUCUAACCAUGAAAAUCCUCUGAGAGUAAAAUUACCCCUUCUCCUAGCUACUGAAGAAGACUUAAAGGACUGUGCAAAAUAUUAGUAAGUUAUGCUGGAGUUUUUAUACAAGGUGAAGUAUCUUACCAGACCAAUUACCAAUAUCAUUUAUUUGAUUCUUCCUGCCGAGGUAGUUAUUAAUAAGAUGCUCUUCCAUA